UGAAGAUCUAAAAAACACGAUCCUCCUCAUUCUCUUCAUGACUCCAGUUAUCAUUGGAGGAAUUCAGUACGCCGUCAUGAAGUCGAUGUUCAGUUUUAGAAAGCAAAAUAUUCGAACUACUCAUGUUAUUUAAAAGCUUUAAAUUGUAUUUAUAUUUCGCUUUUCUCCGGAUGUUAAUAUCUCUAACAAUAGCAGUGGAUGCACUUCGACCAAUUAUCCCAUGUUCCCUACUUUCAUUAUCAAUGGUUCCAUUUGCCUCGUGUGCAAUUGUGAUCGGUGGAGUUUCGUGGAUUGUGCCCCGACACGUGGCACAACAACUUGACAAUAUGCUCUAUAAAUCAUAUAUGAGACUGUGUCUUUUUGUAUUUGAAAACUUAUCAGGAGUUGAGAUCUACUUACACGGAACUAAUGAAGAAGUGGUGAAUAAAACUGGAAAACCAGAGAAUGCAGUUAUGAUUUCAAAUCAUCAAUCAAAUGUCGAUUGGAUUAUUCCUGUAAUGCUUGCCGCUAGACAUGGAGAUCAAGGAAAUGAGCAGGCUUUUCGUGUGAUGGUUAAAAAUUCGAUUCAUUUGGUUCCAAUGUUCGGAUGGUACAUUUUUCAACAUGGUUAUAUCUAUGUUCGACGUUUUGGAGAAUUUAUUGGAGCACCGGUUCUACGACAGUUGAAGUGGCUUAAUGAAUCUGAUCCGCCCUAUUGGCUUCUGAUUUUUCCUGAAGGAACACGAAAUUCUGCGAAAAAGAAACAUCUGCUGGAGAGCAGCAAUCGAUUUUUGGAGAAAAGUGGCCGUCAACCAAUGCAAAAUGUGUUGUGUCCGCGCAGUGGAGGAUUACAAUUGGCACUCGACAAUUUGUCGACACUUGACGCUAUCUAUGAUGUUACUGUAAUGUAUGGACAAAUGAGAAUGGCGGAACGUCGUGGAUUGGCGCCUGGAAUGUUUGAUUUUUGUUGUGGAUCACAACAAUUCAAACAACUUCAUAUUCAUCUUGAUAGGAUUCCAAUUGAUGAGGUUCCCAAGGCGAAAUUGGAGCUCCGCACCUGGACGAUUGAGCGAUUCACGAAAAAGGAAAGAAUUAUUGAUGAAUUCUAUUCGGAGAAACCAUCCACCGGAAGUGCACUCCCGUGCGUGCCAAUUUCACAGACUCUCCCAUCGACACUCUUCUUCUCAGCUGCUCUUCUUGCUCCGUUCUUCAGCAGAACAAUUGGAAGAAUCUACUUGUUAACGAUCGCAUCUUCACCAUUGCUUAUCGCAUGGCUUCAUAUCAGAAAAUGCGUUUAGGUGCAUAAUUUUCAUAAUUUGUACAAUAUAUUUUGGUUUUUAAAAUUUAAAAUUAAAAUUUGUCUCUUUUCUGAGAAGCAAAACUUCUAAAACAUUUUAAAGGCUUUUGAAAGCAUUUUAGCAUUUUUAAAAAGUUUCACUGUCACAGAAAAGGUUCUAGGUUUGUUUAUAAUAGAGUCUAAUUGUUUAUUUUAUUCUCUUUUUUCUUUAGAAUUUGGUUUUCUUUUCGUUAUCGAAACACAAAUAUUCCUGUUAUAUAAUUUUUUUUUCUUUUUUUUUUCAUUUUGAACUUUUAAUCUUUUUGCAUGCAGUUUCCUUUCUCUGCUAAUUUUAUUUGUUUAUCAAUAACAAUUUUAC